AUUUCCCGCCAUCUUUACAACACAGACAAUAACCAAUCAAAAUGCCCAUUUUUACAGAUCCCAGCAAAUUGACAAAAGCAAAACUGAAAGAAGAACUUAUACGUUUUAACGUGAAAUUGCCUCCUUCAGCGUCUAAAAAACAGGUCUUUGUUGACCUUUAUGAGCAACACAUAAGUCAAUUAAACGAUCCUAGUAUUUUUGAAGAAGAAUUUGUUGAAGGGAGUUCUGAACAGGAGGUCGAGGAAACCGAAAGUGAAGACGACAUAAAUUCCAAUAAUUCUGACGUUGAGUCUGAAACGGUUUCAUUUGAAGAACCACAAAAAGAAACAAAAGAAGACAUGACUAUCAAUGCUGAAGAUUUGUCAGAUAAGGAGUUAGCAAAUGAACUGCGCUCUUUAGGUUUUACACCUGGGCCUAUUGGAACUACAACAAGAAGAGUAUAUGAAAAGAAAUUAGUGAAACUGAGGCAAAGUUCAGGGGAUGCUAUAAAAGUCUCACCUAAAUUAUUUCAGCAGAAAUAUGAGGAAGUACCAGAUGAUGAAGAGAAACAACCACCUGUAAAGCCAAGAUCACCAAGGAGGCGUCCUCCACCAAGAAGAAUUCAAAGAGAAGAACCAGUUGACGAACCUGUUGAGGAACCUGUUGAGGAACCAGUAGAACAAAAAAUCACAGAGAAUCCUGUAUUGACAAGGCGUCCACUGACUGCAAGAACAAGAGGGAAGCCAGAACGAUCAUCACCUCCAGCAUCUACAGAGAACACAUCCACAACAGAAGAGAAAUCUGGUGGUGGAUUACCAAUGUGGGUCAAGCUGGUUAUUUUCCUAUUGGUGGCUUUCUUUGUUUACCUUGUUAUUGUGAACAUGGAACCAUCGGCCGACGGCAAGAUUCCAAAGUCCAUUACAGAAGGAACUUAAUCUGUAAAUAUAACAUUGUUGACUAUGACAUUAUUUAAAAUGUAUAUGUAGUUAUCCUGUUGAUCAAUGUUAAAGGACAUUGUGUGCAUUGUAAUUUGCAUAAUUAUUGUGUCAGUGAUACAUUUUUAAUGAUACUUGACGGAUUUGAGUUUCAUUAUUGCAACAUUGACUUGCCAUAAUUACUCAUGAUAUUCAACUGAAUUUUUUUUUAUUGGAGAGGCUAGCAUGCUACCUUUAAAUAGCAGUAUUAGAAGAUGAAAUUAUUCUUCUUUUCACGAAUUUAAAAUUUUGGUAAAUUUUUUUUUAGAAAAUGUAAGUUUGAAAUAUCUUCCAACUUAUUAAAAAAAAUUCAAGGUCUUCUAGUCAGUAUUCAUACAUUUAAACACCAAUAAAGCUUUAUUUAACUUUAUUGCUACAGAAUAAAAAAAAAAAACCAACCAUUUAUAAAACAAUACUAUUGGGAAAUAUUAAUUUUUGAAAAAUUCAUUUGUAACCCUGCUACCUAUACAUUUAUAUUAAUUUUAAUUGCCUUCAAAAUUUAAUUUAUAUCCUUAAUAAUGUGUUAAAAAAAAAAAAGGGAACAUUUUCUUAGCUGUAAAGUAAAAAAUUCAUGGAAUACUAAAAUAAAACUUGACAAAGUGAAAAAUUCAAAAGCAAGACAUACAAUUUUUUUUCAUCAUAAAUUCUGAUUUCCUUUUAUAAGUGCUUGUGAUUUGGCCCAUUUAUAUCAAUGCAAGUAAAUGGGACCCAUAUGAGUUUAUAGUUUACAGUGGAUUGACAUUAAAAUAAUACCAUCAGGAUUAUAAUAGAAAUUGUGUUACAUACUAAUAUAAAAUCAAAAUCGAGUUUUUCAUCAUGUAUUAAAUAAACAGUACUGUUAUUGUUCAUCCUAAGGGACGACAUCAAAAGAUCGAUGUUGGAUAAAAAACUUAAAUCAAUUAGUUUGUGGGGUUAAAAUUCUGCAAGUUUUGUAUAUCUAAAAUUGAUUUUUACAUAUAUCCCUAUUGGCAAAUCAAUUUUUCCCAAAUUAAGUUAAGAAGGGGGGGGGGGGGGAGUGAAAAAACUAUGUGAAUUAAGUUGUUUAUCCUACAUUGAACUUUUGAUGUUGUCCCUAACUGAUUAAUAAAUCUUAUAUUCAGUAAACUAUCAGUUCGUGGGAACAAUAUUAUAUCAUGACUUGCAUGCCAACUUUUUAGAAUGUUAUUUAUUGCUACAAUUAAUAUAAAAUGUUAAGAUUGUAAUGUUUAAGUAACAAGAACAAUUAUUGUGAUGUGCUUAUAUUGUAGUCUAUAUUGUUCUUGAAAUACUCUGCUUUGCUUUUUCAUAGAAGGAAUUAACAUUUUAAUGUAUAUAAAGACCAUUGUGAAACCAAUGUUAUGUUUCCUAUUUGCCUUGUAAGCUGGAGAAUUCCAUAUGCUAAGAAUCUAUCUUUUUGGUUUCAGAAAUAUUUAUUUUAAAUUUAUAAAUUAUAUAUAGUAUAGUAAAAAGAAGGUGGGUUAUGAUUGCCAAAUUAGACAACUUUCCACAGACACCAAAUGACACAGAAAUUAACAUUUUUAGGUCACAGUAUGGCCUGUAAGAAUGAACAAAACCCAUACUGCAUAGUCCGCUAUAAAAAAAGCCCCAAAAGGACAAAUGUAAAACACUUCAAACAAACGGCCUAAUUUAUAUACAAAAAUGAACGAAAAGCAAAUAUGUAACAUAUAAAACAAAUACAACCACUGAAUAACAGGCUCCUGACUGAUAUCUGAUAGCAACCAUAGAUCUCUAUAUAUGGUCACAUACUAAGAGGAAUAUCCUCAAUGAUUUUGGGGUCACUAUGUUACUAGACUUGGGUAGAUGGUAAUAUAUAAUAUGAAGAAGAUCAAGAUUGAUUUUGGAGUCACCACCUCUUAAGUCAAGGUCAGGAUAGCUAAAAAUUGACCAACAUGCAGGAAAGUGAUUUCCAGAUGCUAAAUCAAAUACUUUUUAUUGUAUAGCAAUUAUAUUCAGGUACAUUUUGAAACAUUAUGAGAAGAAGAUCCCCUUUAAAUUUAAGGUAAUCGUGCCUAAUGUCAAGGUCUUUGUUAUCAAGAGUAACUCCAAAUUUUUGGUGUAUCAAAAGAGUUUCUGGAUUAUAGAUUUAUAACAUUACAUAAGCCUCAAACCAAAUAGCAUUAAUGGACACAUUUAAUCCCUAAGGAGACUACCUGAAGUUGAUAGUUACUAGAAAUAAAUUGAAAUGAGUGCAGAAAAUGGGUUACCUAAUAACUCCUCUACCUUUUAUGGGAUUUGAAGUAAAGUUUGGUAUAUGGUAAAAGGUAUAAGAAAAAAUACAAAGAAAAAUUCAAAUCGUAAAGUUCCUUACAGAAUGGCAAAUUUAAGUUUGUACAAGUCAAACUAAUGAAAAACAACUGCCAUAUUCUUGACUUGGUAUAGGCAUUUCCUUAUGUAGAAAACUUGAAUUCAACCUUGCUUCAUAGCUAGCCAAACAUUUCACUUGUAUGACAGUCACAAGCAAUUCCAGUAUAUUGACAAAAAUUUAUGGGCAAAACAAACAGAAAUAAUAGGUAAAAAUGUCAAAAAUAAGGGUAGUCAACAUUGUGUUAUAUUCUUAAUCACUUAAAAUCUGUGAACAAUAACUAAUCAAACACUUGUUGGUUUUAUCGAGCAAUACUUCAGUAUUUGUGGUGUUAUUGAUUAAAUGGACUAAAACUUG